CAAUACGCUUUGCAUCGCUGGUUCCGGGGUCCCAGCCAAGUCGCGCCCCCAGAUGCGUGCGCCCAAAUCUCCCGCGGGAGCUGCAUUUUUCAAAGCUCUGAAACCGAGACUGCAAACAACUAACUUAUCGCAUCUGCCAUCUCUCCUUCUUAUGGCUGAGCCGCUCGCUGUAGAAAUCCCUUCAGAUGACGAAGACGUUUCAUGUCCCUCGCAAUUACAGAAGAAGAAGAGGAAGAAUUCCAUAAGAACGCCUCUUCUCAUUCUCGAUGACGAUGAUUCCACUCCCUCCAAACCCACUCCAUCCUUCAGCCCUUCUUUCGUCCCCGAAACUCCUUUUUCCAAUCCGUUCCAAGAAGAUGCUUCCAUCGUCAAAUGCACUGCUUCUGAUCCAAGAACCCGUCUAGCAUCGGCCAAGAAAUUCUCUGGAUUUGCUGGUUUAAUAUGUUUGGAGUCUGAUAAUGAGUUUGAAUGUCAUUCUCCAUGUCAAAGUUCAAAGGAAAAUGAAACUAGGAUCUCUAAUUUUGGUCGGGCAGAGCACUCAAAAAAGAGUGUCAUGGAAUCAAGUUCCAUUCCUGAAAGUGCUGAAGGCAACAAUACUGGAUUGUGUUUCCCUACAGAAGGGGUCUUGGCAGGUCCGAGUAGCACCCAUUCCCCGCGAAGAACCACCAACAUCAUCCAGAUUGUUGGAGACAGCCCGAGGUGCAGUGACCACUCUUCUGAAGAUGCUGUUCCUCAGGUACAUUAUGAUCAUAACAAGGAAAAUGCCAUAUUGGAGCAAGUAGGUGAUGCCAUAAAGCAGAAAGAUAAGAGGGUGGCAGUUAAUGCAGAGAAGAAAAGACGCAGGGAUGAGGAAGUGGCAAGAAAACAACAAUUGAAAGAAGAAAGGAAAUUGAAGCGGGAGCAAGAGAAGUUGCAAAAAGAAACUUUAAAGGCUGAAGCAGCUGAGAUGAGAAAAUUACAGAAGGAAAAGGAAAAGUGGGAAAAGGGGAAGUUUGCAGUAAAAUCUGUAGUUGCUGAGAUUGAUACUAAAGUAGUUGAAAUAGGAUCGAUAGGAGUUUUACAUUCUUCAGGACAUCUACUUUCUAGGCUUGCUGAAAAGGGACUCACUUUCCGUGUAACUUCAAAUCCUAUUGAAAGUUCAAUUUUGUGGAAAAUGAGUGUUCCCGACCAAAUUUCUCAGCUUACUUUGAAGGGAUCAGAAGUUCCAUAUGUAUUGCUUGUAUAUGAGGCAGAAGAGUUCUGUAAUCUCAUCCUUAAUGAAUCUCUCAUAGAUCAUGUUCGUAAAGUUCAACGUCAGUUUCCAUCUUACACUAUUUGUUACGUCACAAAUAGGUUAAUGGCCUAUAUAAAUAAAAGGGAGCAAGUGCAGUACAAAAACCCAAUGAGUGUUAAUGGUUGGAGGCGUCCACCGGUUGAGGAGGUGCUGUCAAAGUUAACCACUCAUUUUGAGAGUGUACAUUCAAGGCAAUGCAUAGAUGAAGCUGAAUUAGCUGAGCAUGUAGUUGGAUUAACUUGUAGCCUAGCCACUUGCCAAUUUAGGAAGAAGCUGACACGCUUAUCUGUAAAUGCUAAUGGAUCCCUUAUUCCAAAGGAUUUCAUUGACAAGCAUCUAAUAAAAAAGAGUGUGUGGUUGAAAGCAUUAAUUGCCAUCCCAAAAGUGCAACCGAGAUUCGCCAUUGCCAUCUGGAAGAAAUAUCCGACCAUGAGAUCCCUUUUAAAUGCAUAUAUGGACCCAAGCAAAUCAGUGCAUGAGAAAGAAUUCCUGCUCAAGGACUUGAUGACUGAGGGGCCGCUAGGUAGGGAGGAUAGGCGAGUGGGUGAAGUCUGUUCCAAGAGAGUGUACAGAAUACUCAUGGCUCAGAACGGAAACAUGAAAACUGAUGAUGUUGAGGAUGGGGCGGACUUCUUUGGCUGCUAAAUGUCCUUAAUGGCACUUAACAUGUAAUUUAUGAUCACAAUCAAACCAAAGCUACUGCUGAGCCGGGUACAUCAAGUGGCUUACAUUGUUCAAUACAUGUCCACUUCUGUAAUAUAGUUAAUUACCUGGAAGGUACUAAACCACCAUACUUGAAUUGAUUGAAUCGAGCCAAUGAAGCAGAUGACAGAUACAUUGAGUGGGUUGCAUCGUUCAAUACAUGUCCACCUCUGUAACAUAGUUACUUACCUGGAAAUUACUAAACCAUUGUUCUUGAAUUGAGUCUAUGAAGCAGAUGACGGGUAAAUUGAGUGGCUUGAAUCAUUCAAUACAUGCCCACCUCUGUAAUAUAGUUAAUUACCGGGAAGCUAGUAAACCAUUGUGCUUGAAUUGAUUGAAUUGAGUCUAUGAAGCAGAUGACAAUAAUGAUAAUAUGGAUUGAGAUUUUCAAAGGGGCUA